AUGUCAUCAGGAAACAAAUUCGGAAACUUCGAUAUCCACUUUGUGGAAGGCACCGACGAAAUAGAACAAGACGGUACCUUGGUCAUCAAUAAAUUGAACAGAGACCAACUGAAGUUCCCUGAUUUUUUGCCAACUUGGGAUCCAAGACAAAAGUAUCCACCAUUGAAAUUUUUCAAGCAUGAAGAUCCGGGUGCUAGAGCCGACAAGUCGUUAUCAAACUUAUUUCCAAAAGACUCUGAUCAUGUCCAAAAGAGAAUCACACCUAAGUUAGGAACAGAAGUCACUGGCAUACAAUUGUCACAAUUAGAUGAUAAGGGAAAGGACGAAUUAGCCUUGUUCGUCGCGCAGAGAGGUGUUGUUGUCUUUAGAGAGCAAGAUUUCGCAACCAAAGGUCCAAAAUUUGCUACCGAAUAUGGUAGCCACUUUGGUCGUUUGCACAUUCACCCAACUUCAGGUGCUCCAAAGGAUCACCCUGAAUUGCAUAUCACGUAUCGUCGUGCCGAUGAAGGUGAAUUCAGCCGUGUCUUUUCCAAUAGACUAAAUUCUAUCGGAUGGCACUCAGAUGUUUCAUACGAAUUACAACCACCAGGUACCACAUUCUUCACUGUUUUACAAGGUCCUGAUGCUGGUGGUGACACCAAUUUUGCAGAUGUUGUUGAAGCUUACAACCGUUUAUCUCCAGAAUUCCAGAAGAGACUUGCAAAUUUACAUGUUUUACACACUUCUGAAGAUCAAGCAAGCAAUUCUCGUACGCAAGGUGGUAUUGAGAGAAGAAAGCCGGUUUCAAACAUUCACCCAUUGAUUAGACAACAUCCAGCUACCGGUGAUAAGUUUAUUUACUUGAACCGUCCAUUCUCUAGAAGAAUUGUUGAAUUGAAGGAAGAUGAAUCCGAUUACUUACUUAACUUCUUAUUCCAACAUAUUGAAUCCGCUCAUGACUUACAAUUGAGAGCUAGAUGGGAACCAAACUCUGUUGUUGUCUGGGAUAACAGAAGAGUUGUUCAUUCUGCUGUUAUUGACUGGGAUACUCCAGUAUCUAGACAUGCAUUCAGAAUCACCCCACAAGCUGAAAGACCGGUUGAAGAUUUGAAGUAUUUGAACAAGGAAGAAUACGACGUUGGUGACGUUGCUGAAGCUUUAGAUAAGCUUUUAAACUAA